AUGGCGCCUGAACCUCCACGUCACAGGCAUCGGAGCAAGUCAGCUCCCAGGGCAGUCAGUCCAAAUCCCAAGGAAUUACGCAAGGCUGCUGCUGAGAGUAAGGUAAAAAAGAAGACCGGGAAGUUGCGGGAUGUGGACGUCUAUACAACACCACCCCCAAGGCCGAGCAGCAGGUCUUCUUCAAGUGCUUCGAAGGGCUCUACCAAGUGUAGGAUUUCUUUUGGUGAGAACUCCAUCCACCAGAUCGAAGCUGAGAACAAGGGGAAGGGAAAGUCUAAUAAGAAGGCAAUGGAUGAAUCGGAGGCUACUGCGAUUGCGGAGAAAGGUGCCAACAAGGACAAAAAGGAUGAUAAGGAAGCAGAGGGGUCUUCGAGCAGUGAGUCGUCUGAAGAUGAAGAAGUGCUGGAGGCUCGUCGGAUCUACUGGGCACAGUUUGAGACACCUGGUGUUCUUCUGAAAGAGGAGGAGGAGGGUGAAAGUGGGGAAGAUGAAGCGGGUGAGGAGGAUGCAAGCAGUGAAGAUCAAGAGGAAGAGGAGGAAGAGGAAGAUGAGGAUGACACACCGAGCAAGGGAAUCUUGAAGAAAACCUCUGCAAAAGAGACAAAGAAGAAAAGCGAUGGAACGGAAGAGAAGAAGAAUAAUAAGAAACAGGCAGAGAAGAAUGAAGAGGCAAAGAAGAAGCGAGAGGCAGAGGAGAAGAGUGUUGCCAAGAAGGCGGCUGCAGAGAAGAAGGAAGCAGUGAGUAAGAAGAAGGAGGCAAAUGAAGAGAAGAAGGCAGAGAAGAAGGAUGCAAAGAAUGGAGGAAAGAAGGAGGCAGAGAAGGCUGCAGCAAAGAAGGGGGCAGAGGGGAAGAAAAAAGAUGGAGAGAAGAGUGAUGGAAAAGCCUCUAAAGUGAAGGCCAAAGAGCGUGCAAAAGAGAAGGCGACAAAGGAGAAGAGUAAGAGUGGGAAGGAGAAGGCAGACAAGAAGGCAAGCGCAGAAGAAGAAAAUGAACACAAGAAGAAGAAACUAGCCGAUGAGUCAAGUUGUCGCAAGAAAAGGAAGACUGAAGAGGAGGAGACAGAAGAGGAGAAGACUAGUGAUGGUGAAGGAAAGGCAUUGGAGGAAGCUGAGCUAGCUGGCUUGGCCAAUUCCACUUCACACCGCAAAGAGUGGCAACAGUUCUCACGCUGGAUGCGUAACAAGAAGCGGUGCCCGGCGAAGAUCAUUGCAGCAUGCAAGUCCCAGGACUUUGCUAAGGUGGAGGCAAGGUUCGAGCAGCGGCUCGAAGAGGUUCAGAGAACCUCUGCGAAGACAGUGGCGGACCCGGAGUUUCCCGGCGAGAACGAGCUGUUGUACUUUGUGAUGGUGGAAAUGAACAUAGAGGACGCGAAGGAACUUCGCCGCAUCACCCAGCUAGAGAUGGAAGGGACCCUAGACUCCGAGGGGCUCAAAGCCUUCGUGGAAGCUGGGGGAUGCCUUGAUGGCAAGCAGCACUUGGCGCUUGGCAACAUGAUGGGUGCCGAGGGUAUGAACAAGCUGAUCACGAAAGCUAGCCUUAGCUAG